GCAUCACUGCGCUUCUUCACCUGAAAGUCAUAUCUGUCUAUCAAAUCUUCUCUGCUUCUACAGUAAACUGAAAGUGUGGUUUGAGAUGUCAUGAUCUGUGUUGUGUGUUCAGCUGUGAUGAUCGCGUGUACCUGACCUGCUUUCAUAAUUCUACUGUAUUGCAUGUUGCUUCAAAGUGAUUCUCACGCUUUUUGCUCCCACUUGUGAAGCGCUCUAUUUAGGUUAACUUCAACUGAACACACAUAGUGGACUUUAAUGUUCUUCAGGAAAACAACACAAAAGCAUUUUUUGGAAUCAUGGUCUCAGGAGCCCAGUGUAAUUUCUGACACCUCAAACACAUGACCACACAGGAACCGGCAUACAACAGACUUCAAGAGAAUUAACCAUUGUGAGCAUAUGAGGAAGCUUCAUGCAUUCUCAUUUAAAGACUCAUUUAAAGACAGGAUUUACAGUAAGGGAUUAGUUGUUUACAGAUUACACUUUGCUUUAGGCAUGUAUCGGCUGCGCAGUGUCUUUUUGCUGCUAGUCACAGCCUCAAUCGGGAGUGCACUUGAACCUUUACACGUCCAUCUGAAACCAACAAAAGACAUUAAAGUUUGUGAAGGGGAUUUACUCCAAAUGAACUGCACUUGGAAUCUACCUGAAAAUUUGGAAAAUUGGAACAUAUCUGAUAAAGUGAGCUGGCACUUUAAUUACCACAUAGAUGAGGACAAAUGUAACUCACGCAAGAUAUCCGAAGGAAUAUCCUUCUUCAAUAACAAGACUUACAAUUUGUCAGUGCUCAGCAAACCUUCCAUCAGGACUAAUGAGAGUGGAUGGUACUUCUGCAAAGUUACCAGAGACAUUCCUUUACUCAAAGACAAUUGCAGUAAUGGACUUCGUGUUCUGGUUGAAGCGAACCCUAACCUGGAUCACCCAGAACCCAACAGCACCUCGGGUCUGAAUCAGACUUCAACUCAAGACCAGACUACCACUGUAUCCACAAUAUGUUCUCCCGGUGCUAAAACCCCCAUAUCACCUUUCUUUGGUCAGUGGUGGAUAUGGGUAGCAGUGGCUGUCGGGUGUUUUGUACUGAUAGUGUCAGUUAUUGCCAAAUGUAUCUUAUCAUGCAGAACUAAAGAGAUCAUUUAUGAAAAUACCAUACCGAGAAAAUCAGACUGCUGGAGACGGGAUCGGAGUCAGACGGACGGAUGCAACCUCCCCGCGUCCAAAAAAGUCGAAACUAUUAAACCGCUGAGGAAAUAUGACACGCUUUCACAAAACAGAAUCCGCAGGCCCUAAGUCAGGACUGUUCAAUCUUGAAGACUGAUGGAUUUCAUUGGGGUUGGAACUAAACUCUGGAGGACACUGGACCAAAAGACCGGAGUUGAAUUGUCCUGCUAUAGGUGUUUACACCAUAAUAUACUUAAUGUAUUUAAUGAUGUAAUGUAGCAUUUCCCACUACAUGGAAAGCUGUAGAUAGUACAUUUUUUGUUUGUAAUGUACAAAUGUAAUUUAAACGCUGUAUGUGUUCAUUUUUUCCAAUGUUAAAAAUAGGAAAUACAGGAUAGUUCACCCAAAGAUAAAAGUUCUGUCAUUGUUUAUUCACCUUCAAAUCCUGAAUAUGACUCCUUCGGCUGUGAAACACAAAAGAAGAUAUUUUGAGAAAUGUCUCAGUGGUUUUGCGUCCAUACAAUGGAAAUCAACGGGGACCCAUGUUGUUUGGUUACCAGCAUUCUUCAAAAUAUAUUAUUUUGUGUUCUGCAGAAGAGAAAGAAAGUCAUAGAGGUUUGAAAUGACACGAAUGUGAAUAAAUGAUGAAAGAAAUUUCAUUUUUGGGUCAACAGGCCCUAACCAAUGGUGCGGGCUGUCUGUUUAACCAAUGACAGAAGUGUCUGGAAAACCAUGUCAUUAUUCAAGUUCAGAAUUAUUCACCUUUAGUGACAAUUGGUGAAAACUUUUCUUGUUCGACUUUCAGUUGUAUCAUAUUGAAACAUUCUGUGGUUAUAAAUAAACGUAAAAACCAUCUUAAACGAGAGUCACACGCUUUCCUUUUAAAUCUUUUCAGAAUUCUCACAGCUGUCAUUUUUUGCUUGAUUAAAAUCAAGCCUAAACACUUUAUCAGCUACAUUCACAGCCCUUAAAAUAAACACAAUUUAUUAUCUACACUGACAGCACAGCAUCAGUGGUUUCUUUGUGCAAUGAAAUCUUGUGAAAUCAGUGGGUUUUUUGUACAUUGAAAUCUUUAUACAAGGAUAUGGUCACCAUGAAUAGAUAGCAAACCACACGGCAUUACAGGAGCAAAUAAAGAGUUUUUGACAGAGCGUUUUGUUUAAUCUCUCACGUAAUACUAAUCACAAGAGAAACUGGGAUAAUUCAUUCACAUAAUCACACUUUGUUGUCAUCUGCAAGAGGCGCUUGCAACGCUAAGUUCGUGGGUUUGAUUCUUGGGCCAUGCUUGUAUAAAUGUGAAGCUUGGAUAAAACGGCGGUUUUUGAUUUUGCAGUUUUGACAGGCUGAUGUUUUUGAGUAAGGUUGGGGUUAAACUUUGCGGGCCACUGGCCCUUUAAAUGACCUUACGGUUAUCUUGAUAUUUGAUGUGUAUCUUUAAAGCAUCAAAAACCGCAGAGAAAAACAACUCUGCCCUUGUUGCAGGUGCUUUUAAUGCAUUAAAACAAUAAAGAUCACAGUGAUUGGAUACUGUAAGCCUUACAAAGCUGGAAUGUUUAGGCAAUUUAAUUUUAAGAGAUAGUUUACUCAAAAAAGUCUGUCAUCAUUUAUUCAAACUCAUGUCAUUCUAAACAGCCCAAAACUAUGAUUUUGUUUAUGGUGGGACUAACAGUCAUAUGUUAUUAGACUUAGAUUGGAUUUAGAUUGGAAUAGCGCCAUCAUCUGAUUGUAUAACAGCAGUGCGGCUGUUCAUUCAUCAGCACUCAUUACAUCCAACCUAAAGGGAAACUCUGAAAAGUUACCACAAAUGACACUAGUACACCAUAAAUGGGAAAGUUAAAUCAAAUCGGUUAAAAAUAAUCUAAAGUAAGAUGUUAAAUGCCCUAGUUGAUUUUAUAAACAGAUGUAGAACUAAACACAUGCCAUAACCUAUACUUCCACAGGUAGUUUUGUCAAUAUACAAAACUGCUUAAAAGUUUGAGGUCACUUACUUUUUCGUUAUUGACAUUUUUCCACAUUUUACAAUAGCGGUAAACCCAAAUGUGACUUUGGAAAUUAUGCUGUGUGACUAUUAAAGGGACAAUAAAUCUCACCCUCAAGUUGUUCCAAAUCUGUAUACAUUUAUUUUUCUUUGUGGACUUGGUGAGAUAUGCCAAGGACUGUGAAGAGCUCAUGGGCCCAACCAAGCUCGAACCACCUGCCCGGUUGCCUCUCGUCCCAGUGUCGCGUCCUUGGAGGAUCCUGCCCUGCCCACUUUGACUCCUGAGAGCCCUGCCCCAGGCGUCAGUCUUUGGGGAAAACCAGGGAGAAGGGUCUCUUGGGAGUCUAAGUGCCAGCGUCACCCUGUUCCUUGGCCAAGUCCCCUGCUACAGUCUCUAUGUCCUCCCUGGACUUCCCCCAGGCUUUGGCUACCUUACGUUUGUUUCCCCUGGACCUUUCCUGCCUCAGCAAUUUCCCUCUGUUUUGCACUUGCCCUUAUUGGCCACGCCCCCCAGUAACUACCCCUCCAUCCGUGCCCUCAGCCAAGCCUGCCUUUCCCAAGUCCCCUGCCAAAUCUGCCUGGACUCGCCACCCUCAACCUUCUGCUACACCCCCUGGUUAAUGGACUCCUUCCCCACCCUGCCCUCCCCUUGUGAACUUUGUUGUUCCCCCUCCCUUGUUUUUUUUUUUUGUUUCACCCCAACCCCUUUAUUAUGUACUCUUUUUUGCCCUUGUUAUUAUUAAUCUGUUUAUUAUUAAUUAUACUGUCACAAUCCUGCUUCACUCAGUCUUGCUUUUCUAGUCUUGUGUCAGGAUCGUGACAGACCCAUGUGUUUUGUGUGGAAGCACGUGGCCAUUGUUUGUUUUUGGUGUGCCUGUCUUUGUCUCCUGACCCCGCCCCCUCAUUUCCUCAUUAAUUAUCUUGUCAUUGUUUCAUGCUUGUCACCUGUUGCCCUCAUCAUUUGCUCCCUAUUUAAUACCCUUGUGUUUGCUGUCUUGUGCUGGUUCAUUUUGUAUGAAUUCGUAAUACAUUGUGUCAUUUAAAGGUCCUGUGAAGUCAAGUCAGUCCAUAUCUAGUCUAGUUUUUGUCAAGUUUAUUGGUCUAGUCUAGUCUAGUAGUCUGUUUAUUGUGUUUUGUCAAGCUUGUUGUUUACCCUCUCGUGGGUUUUGUUUUCCCUAUUUUUGUGUCAAUAAAAUCCCUGUGUAACCGCUGUCUGCUUUUUGGUUCUGUCUCCAUUCCUGACCGUUUUUCUCAAGUGAUUUAAAAGACACCUGGAAAAAUAAACCACGGUUUUAUUAUAGCAAAAGUAGCCAUGUUUUGGGUAGAUUAAUCACAAUUUGUAGGCCACUCUUGGUUGGCAUUUUAUCAAGCAACCUCUUGUGGUCCAAUCUUUAAGUCAUCCAUUAAAAAUGUUUAAUAAAAUGUUCAUAUUUGAAUAAAAGAAAUAUGUUGGCACAACUAAGCCUAUUUUUUUUACGAAAAUAAUUUCUAACGUUUCAG